GUAAGCAGUGAUAAUUUUUAUCCAUUUCAAUCUGUUUAUAAUAACUGUUUAAUAUCUUUUUCUUAUUUUUAAUUAUUUCUUCAUUACAUUUUUAUCAAAAAUAUUUAUUUGUUUUACAGGUAGGUCAUAAAAUAUUGAGUAGAAAAGUCAACGUAAAUGACAUGUUGGUUUUAGGUUAUAACAUACCGUACCUUCAGUUAACGUUAAAUUUAUUAGCAUGUUUCAUUAUUACUUAAUGAUUUAUUAAAUGGAAUUAAAUUCCUAUAAUGUCAUAUGCUAAACUAUAAUAAAUUUUGAUACAACAUCUUUGUUCAUUACAUAAUUUAUAUUAUGAGCAAAUCUGUAAGUUAACCAAACUUACUCUUCUAACAAAACAAAAUAUUACAAAAAAAUUUUGUUAUUACUAUUGUUCUUGUCAAUAUUUAGCAAACAAUUGUUGUUCAUCACUCAAUUUAUUUCUAGUAAUUUAUCUAAAUAUUCUAAAAAUUAGUCGUGUCUUCAUUAGCUACCUACCUAACCUAUAAACAACACUAUACAGAGUUGAUUGUUGCUUCCACGCUAUACAUCAUUUAAUCUUUGUUGUGCUAUUUAAAAUGGCUCGUUAUUCACAUGAACCAGACAAUGCAACAAAAUCUUGCAAAGCUAGGGGAUCAAACCUCAGAGUACACUUUAAGAACACGAGGGAAACAGCGAAGGCCAUUCGUAAGAUGCCUCUGCGUCGGGCCGUGCGUUACCUGAAGAACGUCACAGACAAGAAGGAGUGUGUUCCCUUCAGGAGGUUCAAUGGCGGGGUUGGUCGUUGUGCGCAGGCCAAACAGUGGGGCACCACCCAGGGCCGUUGGCCGAAGAAGUCGGCCGAAUUUCUGCUACAGCUGUUGAAGAACGCCGAGUCGAACGCUGACUACAAGGGGCUCGAUGUCGACAGGCUGGUGAUCGAUCACAUUCAGGUCAACCGCGCACCCUGUCUGCGCAGACGCACAUACCGUGCUCACGGACGUAUUAAUCCCUACAUGAGCUCGCCGUGUCACAUUGAGGUGAUCCUGACAGAGAAGGAGGAAUUGGUUGCCAAGGCAACAGAAGAGGAGCCCGCUAAGAAGAAAGUCUCCAAGAAGAAGUUGGCUCGUCAGAAGGAGAAGAUGAUGAGGGAUUAAUUGUUGACGUUACAAUAAACCUGGUUUUAUAGUGUCAAA